AUGGUUGGGACUUUGGUGUACACGACUGUUACCUUCUUUCUGGAAUAUUUGGAAUUUAAUUUUGUGACCAAGACCAGUAUAAGAUAUCAUCCUGAAUUAGAAUUCCCGGCUGUCACGUUCUGUAACUUAUUUAGUCACCUUGGAGGUUACAUGGGAUUCUGUAUUGGAGCUAGUGUAUUAACAUUGAUAGAGCUGGUUGAGGUAGUAUUGAAGAGUUUGAAGACGAUCAGACUGUAUCGACAUUGUACAGAGAAAAACCGAGAAGAAACACCAACUAAUCCAGUGUAA